GCACUGCCUGCGCACUUCCGACUAUGCGCCAGGAGCACUUCCGGGGCAGAGCCUGAGAGCGCGCGCGCACGUGGGGCCGGGGCGGAGAGAGGCGAGCACCGGGAAGGCGAGCGUGGGGCAGCUGGAAUGGGUGAAUUUAAGGUCCAUCGAGUACGUUUCUUUAAUUAUGUUCCAUCAGGAAUCCGCUGUGUGGCUUACAAUAACCAGUCAAACAGAUUGGCUGUUUCACGAACAGAUGGCACUGUGGAAAUUUAUAACUUGUCAGCAAACUACUUUCAGGAGAAAUUUUUCCCAGGUCAUGAGUCUCGGGCUACUGAAGCUCUGUGCUGGGCAGAAGGACAGCGACUCUUUAGUGCUGGGCUCAAUGGUGAGAUUAUGGAGUAUGAUUUACAGGCGUUAAACAUCAAGUAUGCUAUGGAUGCCUUUGGAGGACCUAUUUGGAGCAUGGCUGCCAGCCCCAGUGGCUCUCAACUUCUGGUUGGCUGUGAAGAUGGAUCUGUGAAACUAUUUCAAAUUACCCCAGACAAAAUCCAGUUUGAAAGAAAUUUUGAUCGGCAGAAAAGUCGCAUCCUGAGUCUCAGCUGGCAUCCCUCUGGUACCCACACUGCAGCUGGUUCCAUAGACUACAUUAGUGUGUUUGAUGUCAAAUCAGGCAGCACUGUUCAUAAGAUGAUUGUGGACAGGCAGUAUAUGGGCGUGUCUAAGCGGAAGUGCAUCGUGUGGGGUGUCGCCUUCUUGUCCGACGGCACUGUCAUAAGUGUGGACUCUGCUGGGAAGGUGCAGUUCUGGGACUCAGCCACUGGGACACUUGUGAAGAGCCAUCUCAUCGCUAAUGCUGAUGUACAGUCCAUUGCUGUAGCUGACCAAGAAGACAGUUUCGUGGUGGGCACAGCCGAGGGAACAGUCUUCCAUUUUCAGCUGGUCCCUGUGACAUCUAACAGCAGUGAGAAGCAGUGGGUGCGGACAAAACCGUUCCAGCAUCACACUCACGACGUGCGCACUGUGGCCCACAGCCCAACAGCGCUGAUAUCUGGAGGGACUGACACCCACUUAGUCAUUCGUCCUCUCAUGGAGAAGGUGGAGGUAAAGAAUUACGAUGCCGCUCUCCGAAAAAUCACCUUUCCCCACCGACGUCUCAUUUCCUGUUCUAAAAAGAGGCAGCUUCUCCUUUUCCAGUUUGCUCAUCACUUGGAACUUUGGCGACUGGGAUCCACAGUUGCAACAGGCAAGAAUGGAGAUACUCUUCCACUCUCUAAAAAUGCAGAUCAUUUACUGCACCUAAAGACAAAGGGUCCUGAGAACAUUAUCUGUAGCUGUAUCUCCCCAUGUGGAAGUUGGAUAGCCUAUUCUACAGUUUCUCGGUUUUUUCUCUAUCGGCUGAAUUAUGAACACGACAACAUAAGCCUCAAAAGGGUUUCCAAAAUGCCAGCAUUCCUUCGCUCUGCCCUUCAGAUUUUGUUUUCUGAAGAUUCAACAAAGCUCUUUGUAGCAUCAAAUCAAGGAGCUCUGCAUAUUGUUCAGCUGUCAGGAGGAAGCUUCAAGCACCUGCAUGCUUUCCAGCCUCAGUCAGGAACAGUGGAGGCCAUGUGUCUUUUGGCAGUCAGUCCAGAUGGGAAUUGGCUAGCUGCAUCAGGUACCAGUGCUGGAGUCCAUGUCUACAAUGUAAAACAGCUAAAGCUUCACUGCACGGUGCCUGCUUACAAUUUCCCAGUGACUGCUAUGGCCGUUGCCCCCAAUACCAACAACCUUGUCAUCGCUCAUUCGGACCAGCAGGUAUUUGAGUACAGCAUCCCAGACAAACAGUAUACAGAUUGGAGCCGGACUGUCCAGAAGCAGGGCUUUCACCACCUUUGGCUCCAAAGGGAUACUCCUAUCACACACAUCAGUUUUCAUCCCAAGAGACCGAUGCACAUCCUUCUCCAUGAUGCCUACAUGUUCUGCAUCAUUGACAAGUCAUUGCCCCUUCCAAAUGACAAAACCUUACUCUACAAUCCAUUUCCUCCCACGAAUGAAUCAGAUGUCGUCCGGAGGCGCACAGCUCAUGCUUUUAAAAUUUCUAAGAUAUAUAAGGUAAAACAUCUUGUGUUGUUAUUCUGGAUAGUUGGUUCCUUUGUGAUAUCAAAAUGUAAUAAACUCCACAAUCGGAAGAUAAGAGCACCUUCAGUUUCCAUGCAGAGAACCUGGCUUGUGGGAGACAAGUCACCUUUUUGAGGCUGGCUGUCCCUUGUAUAUGUUUUGUUGUUCUUGCCUGAGUAGGUUAGAGGCAGGCACAUCAUACUUAACCAAAAUGAAAUGCAUAAGUAGUGAGAAAUGUUGGCGCUGAGGGUAGAGUCUUUGUUGGCGUGAGAGCUGGCUUUAAAUUGUACUUGUUGGAGUGUUCCAUAGGAUAAAUGUCAAGCAGGCUGGGCUUGGUAGCUCAUACCUGUAAUCCCAGCAGUUUGGGAGGCCAAGGCAGGUGGAUCUCCUCAGCCCAGGAGUUCAAGACCAGCCUGGGCACCAUGGUAAAACCCCAUCACUAUUAACCAAAAAAAAAAAAAAAAAGGCAGAGUUCUGUAAAUUACUCAAAUGUGAUUAGUUUCUUGAUGCAUUUGUAACUUGCCAGUUGUCAGUUGCCUUAGGCUGGGUAUGGUGAUUCAUGCCUGUAAUCUCAGUACUUUAGGAGGCUGAGGCUGGAGUUCAAGACCAGUCUGGGCAACAUAGCGAGACCCUGUCUCUACAAAAAAAAAACACAAAAAUAA